AUGCUGUGUGAGAUGGACCCUCUAUUGGGCGCACCUGAGGAUCACUUGCGCAUGCUGGAAGAGAAGACCAUUGGCGGCGAACGCCCAAAAAUGUACAGAGCUGGGGAUUUUGUCGCAUACUAUGUACACGGCAUGCCACAGUCAGAGCUGGAGGAGUAUGGCAGAAUGCCCGAAAUCCUGAGCAUGGAGCCCAUCAAACCAUCCUACAGAAUGGCCGACCAGUGCGACAGUCAGAUGCUGCCAAGUGACGGUCUCGUGUGGAAUCUUGAGCACGUCUCCAAACGUACCAGGGCAGCCUUCAACGGCACAUACCUAUUUGGUCGAGCUCUCGCCAACGACGAUCCGAUGAUUGACCUGUACAUCAUUGACACAGGUGUAGACACCACAAACGUUGAUUUUGGGGGUCGGGCCGUGUUUGGGGCGGAUGUCACUGGAGAGGCUGCUCUAACAUCGCCACACGGUACAAACAGCGCAGGGCUUGCGGGGAGUACGAGUUAUGGGACGUCCAAGCAAGCGCGCAUCAUCAGCGUGAAGGCGCUGGCGGGGGCGGAUGGGCUGGGCAACACGCGGCUCACCAUGGACGCGCGGCAGUAUGUAGUCGACGACGUCCAACGCAACAGAAACGCGCGCAGCGGCAGGCAGACGGUGGCCAACAUGAGCCUGGGUGGGCCCAGGAGUGUGACGCUCAACCGCAUGGUCAAUGCGAUGGUGAAUGCACUCAACAUACACGUGGUGGUGAGCGCCGGCAACGAGAACCUGGACGCGUGCGAAGCCUCGCCGGCCAGUGCUGCCCUGGCCAUCACAGUCGGGGCCACCGAUGUCAGUGACCAGCGGGCCGGUUUCAGUAAUUUCGGGGCGUGUGUGGACUUGUUUGCACCCGGGGAGAAUUAG